AUGCGUUUAUUGAGACAUCCUCAUAUUUGUCAAUUGAAGGAAUAUAUUACAGAAGGCGAUAAAUAUUACAUGUUUUUAGAAUAUGUGGAUGGAGGCCAGCUAUUAGAUUAUAUCAUCAAACAUGGCAAAUUGAAAGAAAAGCAGGCUAGAAAGUUUGCUCGUCAGAUUGUGAGCGCUCUCGAUUAUUGCCAUCGUAAUUCAAUCGUCCAUCGAGAUUUGAAAAUAGAAAACAUCCUUAUCACAAAAUCAGAGCAGAUCAAAAUCAUUGACUUUGGUUUAUCGAAUGUAUACCAUCCAACACAGCAACUAAACACCUUUUGUGGAUCCCUUUAUUUUGCUGCUCCUGAACUAUUGAAAGCAAAAGAGUAUACAGGUCCUGAAGUAGACAUUUGGAGUUUUGGCGUCGUUUUAUAUGUGUUAGUGUGUGGUAAAGUGCCAUUCGAUGAUACCAAUCUACCUGCACUCCAUGAGAAAAUCAAGUCUGGUAUCGUAGAUGAUUAUCCUGACCAUUUGGGCAAAGACUGUCUGGAUUUACUGACAAAAAUCUUUGUUGUCAAUCCAAAGCAGCGUAUCACUCUUUCUGCCAUUCGAUCUCAUCCGUGGAUGAAUAAAGGAUACGAUGAGCCAAUUAACAAUUACCUACCACACCGUCAGCCAUUGGAGACAAUUGACAUGGCUGUUGUUGAAGGUAUGCAAGGGUUCGGUCUUGGUACACCUGAUGAGAUUCGCAGUAAAUUAGAAAUGAUCAUCUCAUCCUCAGAGUACCAAUCAGCUGCAACAAAAAUUGAUGAGAAUUAUCAGAGAAAGGUAACCGAAGAUCAAGUGUUUGCCAGUCGACCACGUUGGCGACGACGACUGUCUUCAUCGAGUCGAAUCAAGCAUCAAGCCAAGGACGACUUUCGAACAUUACCCGCCAUGUACGAUCCUCUUGUAUCCGUAUACUAUCUCGUCAAGGAACGCAAAGAAGCUGAG